ACUAGUUCUGGAAAUAGAAACCAAACUCUACCCUCACUGCAGUCCCUCCCUUCAGGGACCAAGCAGGAAGAUUCCGGAUCUAAAAACUACAGAGCAGAGAGCAAACACUGUGUGGACCAGGAUUAGCAAGAAAGUCUGAAGAGAUCAGCCACAAAUUCCCAGCUGUUCUUCCCUCCUAAAGCACCAGGAUUCCAGCACCCUGCAGCCCAACUGCUUCCUGAACACUCCAGCUUAGACCAUUGCACAGAGAGCCUUCCAGGGACCCUGCUCCAGAAGAGGUGACAUCACAGGAGGGCCACUGGCAUCACCACUCAGGAGCAGUGACACACACAGGUCCCAGUCAUGGGUCAGACUUCCUCUUCUACACCCCCUCAGAAGGAGGAUCCUGAUUUGACCUCCAGCCUUGACACAAACCUUCAGAAUUUCAAGAUGGAAACCAAAAUCCUGUCUCAGGAAUUAAUCACCUUGAUUCAAUCAUACCUAGAGGAUGGAAACCUUCAGGGAACAGUUUCUGCAAUCAGCAGUGCUCUGGGUGACAUUGAGAAAGCCCCACUGAACAUUGCAGUGAUGGGGGAGACUGGAGCUGGAAAGUCCAGUCUCAUCAAUGCUCUACGAGGCGUGGGACCUGGAGAAGAGGGUGCCCCUACAUCCACUGGAGUGGUCUGUACAACCACGGAGAGAACACCAUACCCAUACCCAAAGUUUCCCAGUGUGACACUAUGGGACCUGCCUGGCAUUGGGUCCACUGCCUUCCAACCAUGUGAUUAUCUGAAGAAAAUCAAGUUUGAGGAGUAUGAUUUCUUCAUCAUUGUCUCUUCUGGACGUUUUAAACAUAGUGAUGCAGAACUAGCCAAAGCCAUUGUGCAAAUGAAUAGGAGUUUCUAUUUUGUACGAACCCACACAGAUCUUGAUCUCAUGGUUCAAAAACAGAGUAGUCCUAGGAGAUUCAAUAAAGAAAACACUUUAAAGCAGAUUCAAAAUAGCAUUGUGACUACACUUAAGGAUGUCACCCUCCAGGAGCCUCCGGUCUUCCUAGUCUCUAACUUUGAUGUGUCUGACUUUGACUUCCCAAAGCUGGAAACCACCCUUCUGAGGGAGCUCCCAGCCUACAAACGCCGCACAUUCAUGCUCACUUUGCCAAGUGUUACAGAUCCCACCAUAGACCGGAAGAGUAAGACACUGAAACAGGAGGUCUGGAAGGAAUCCAUGAUGCCAAGAGCAUGGACCACCAUAUCAUUCAAGGGAUGGACCAAAAAUGACAUAGAGAAUUUGGAAAAGACUUUGAACCUCUAUAGAUCUUCCUUUGGACUGGAUGAGGCAUCACUGGAAAAGAUUGCUGAGGAUUUGCAUUUAACACUGGAGGAACUCAAGGCGAACAUCAAGUCUCCACAUUUGCUCUCACAAGAGCAAGGUACAUCCUUAAUAGAUAAACAACUGAAGAACAUUAACCAUCCUUACUUUUCAAAGGUUUUCCACUUGCAAAAUUACUUCAUUGACAUUGUGGCAAGUGAUGUUAAAAUCAUCCUUAGUAAAGAAGAGCUUUUUACAGAGAAGAGUUUUCAACUGCCUGCAACUACAGGCAAGCCUUUUUCUAGCAGUCCAUCACCCUUGAUGGCUCAGCUUUUGGCAUUCAGCUUUGAAAACUUUUUUAAGAAUUUCAAGAAGGAAAGCAAAAUCCUCUCUGAGGAAACCAUCACCUUGAUUGAAUCUCAUCUGGAGAAUAAGGACCUACAUGGAGCAGUGUCUGCAAUUAGUCAUGCUCUGAGGAACAUUGACACAGCCCCACUGAACAUCGCUGUGACAGGAGAAACAGGGGCGGGGAAAUCCAGCUUCAUCAACGCCCUGAGAGGAAUGGGGGAUGAAGAAGACGGGGCGGCCCCCGUUGGGGUGGUAGAGACAACCCUGGAGAGGACUCCAUACCCACACCCAAAGCUUCCCAACGUGACGAUAUGGGACCUGCCUGGCAUUGGGUCCACUACUUUCCAACCACAAAACUAUCUAAGGGAAAUGAAAUUUGGUGAGUACGACUUCUUCAUUAUCAUCUCGGCUACACGCUUCAAAAAAACAGAUGCUCUUCUGGCCAAAGCCAUUGAAAAGAUGGAUACAAAGUUCUACUUUGUCCGAACCAAGAUAGAUCAUGAUAUAAGUAAUGAACAGAGAAGGAAACCUAAGACUUUCAAUAAGGACCGUGUCUUAAAGACAGUUGGGGAUGACUGUUCAAAGCAUCUUCAGGAGGCUCUCUGCAGCGAGCCUCCAAUCUUCUUAGUCUCUAACUUUGAUGUGUCUGACUUUGACUUCCCGAAGCUGGAGACCACACUGCUGAACGAGCUCCCGGCCCACAAGCGCCACAUCUUCAUGCUGUCCUUGCACAGUGUGACUGAGACUGCCAUUGACAGGAAGAGGGAUUUCCUCAAACAGAAGAUCUGGCUGGAGGCCCUGAAGGCUGGAGCAUGGGCCACCCUUCCAUGUGGGGGCUUGAUCAGAGAUAAAAUGCACAAGUGGGAGGAGACCUUGGCUCUCUACAGGUCUUACUUUGGGCUAGAUGAUGCCUCGCUGGAAAAGAUUGCCAAGGACUUUAACGUGUCUGUCAGUGACAUCAAGGCACACAUUAAGUCUCCCCAUUUGUUAACAAGGAACAAAGACAUGUCCUUAGAAGAAAAACUAUUGAAAUAUAUUGAAUAUAUUUCCUCUGUUAUUGGGGGGCCACUUGCCACAGGCCUUUACUUUAGAAAGACUUUCUAUUUGAAAAGUCUCUUCAUUGACACUGUGGCAAGUGAUGCCAAGGCUCUUCUUAAUAAGGAAGGGUUUUUAUCAGAGAAACUUGGAUCAUGCAUGUCUGAUGCCUCUGAAUACUGGGAAGCAGUAAUGGAACUAUGAAGCACUUACCUUUGGACUGGCUUCAGGCAAAUAUUUUCUGUGAAGGAGCAGAGGAUUCAUUUCUUUCCUCUUUAGAGACAGAAACAUCACUGUGGCAAGUCAUCAUCCAUAUAAAAACACAUGAGAAAAGCUGCCUUCCACUAAAAUAUCAUGUAUGAAAAUGCAUGCUUCUAUACAUAUGACUUAAAUAUCUUUGUCAAAUCACACUGGGAUCUUCUGUGCCAAGGAGCUUCUGAAGGCAUUGCCACACUCUCCUAAGAAAAGCCCCCUACAGAUAUAUCCAAAGGGCCCAUCUCCUGGGUAUUUCUAGAUUCUGUCAAGUUAACACUUAACACAAAAUACCACAGGUCUACAACACGCAAUUAUCAAAUCUACACAGUCUGCACUUCCAUAUCUGUAAACACCUUUCCAUUAUUUUUGAUUCACAGGUAAUUUUGCAUAUAUAUAAGAGGGACAUUAUAACCUAUCAGCACAAUUAUACAAUGUGUUCUAACUUAAUCAGCAUAGCUUUGUUACCAUUGCACCAUCAUGUCUUAGUCUUUGAUGAGCUUCAUCACUUCAAUUUGCUCAUGUGUGAGUACAUCAGAGGUUAAUUCUUUUCAAUAUAGUAUUUUUCCCUAUUCUUUGGGAAUUUUGCAUUUCACACUACAAUCACAUUUCCCAGUCUUCCCGUGUCUGUCCCCUCCCCCUUGUGACCUCCUACCAGCACGAAGAAAAUUUAAAAAGUUUAAAAACUGAUAAAAUAAACAUUUUUAAUUUUUAAAAGUA